UUGUAUCGCAGGUGGCCAUUUGCCCACUUCACCGCUUCCCCUUUCUCUUUCACCUUCCCCGCCCUCCUCCGCUUCCUCCCGCGCCCGCUUCCGCCGCCGGCGCCGGGGACCUCUCCGUGGAGGCGGAGGCCGGACGUGGACCUCGAGGGGAACGCAGUAGACCGGGAUCCGGGAAGCUGCGGCGGCGUCCCUAACGGCGUCGGCGACUCGUUCUCCGUGUCCCUCAUCGAGGCGCAGUUUGGGCCACUCUUGUAGCUGCCACUGCAACUGGGCCGGGCGGAGCUCAGAUCUGAUCCCAAAUAACCUGCAGCCGGCUGCAGCCACUCCUCAUCGGCCAUGGAUUUCAUGAAGGUUUUCGAUCAGACUGUGCGUGAGAUCAAGAGGGAGGUCAAUCUGAAGGUGCUAAAGGUCCCCGAGAUUGAGCAGAAGGCACUUGAUGCCACAAGUGAUGAACCAUGGGGCCCUCAUGGUAGUGCGCUUUCAGAGCUUGCACAGGCUACUAAGAAGUUUGCUGAAUGCCAGAUGGUAAUGAAUGUCCUAUGGAGUAGGCUUGCUGAGAGAGGCGCGAAUUGGCGUCAUGUGUACAAGGCCUUGACAAUUAUUGAGUACUUGAUAGCAAACGGUUCUGAGAGGGCAGUUGAUGACAUUCUUGACCAUUAUUCUAAGAUCUCGGUUCUUUCAAGUUUUGAGUAUGUGGAGCCUAAUGGAAAAGAUGCUGGAAUAAAUGUGAGAAAGAAAGUAGAAACUAUUGUGGGCAUCCUAAAUGACAAGGAGAGAAUAAAGGCUGUGAGAGACAAAGCGGCCAGCAAUCGUGACAAGUACGUUGGACUAUCGUCCACAGGGAUAACAUAUAAGUCAAGCUCAACCGCAUUUGGCAGUAACUACAGUUCAGGCGAACGUUAUGGGAGUUUCAGUGGCACAAGGGAAGGUGACUCAUUCGGUGACAGUUACAGGGACAAAGAACCUGUUAAAACCUCCACAAGUAAUACUGGCAGCCAGAAAUCUGGCAGUAAGUUGAGAAAGGACACAAAGCCUGAUAGAAGGAAUGAGGAUUAUAGUUCGCCCAGCUCCUUGAAGCCCCCAUCUAAUACAAACAACAGCGAGGACGACUUUGAUGACUUUGAUCCCCGUGGAUCUAAUGGCAAAGCUACUGCUAAAUCAAGCGAGGUGGAUCUGUUUGGGCCAAACUUGAUGGACGAUUUCAUUGAUGCAUCUCCAGCAACAGACAGUGCCGUAGAACCACAGGCCGAUCUGUUUGCUGAUGCAGAUUUCCAAACAGCAACUGCAAGCGCAGAGACAGCUGCAAAUACGGAUGUCCAGGAUAACGUUGACCUUUUUGCGGAAAAGACAUCUUUUGCUGCAGCAUUUCUGCCACAGACUGGGUUUAUUCCACCACCAAGUUCUGGGAUAUCUUCUGAAGUAAACACUUCGGUAUCCAAGAAAGCGGCUCCUGAACCUUUUGAUCCUUUUGGUGCUAUUCCUUUGAACAGUUUCGAUGGAUCUGACCCAUUUGGUGGCUUCAGCUCAAAUGCCGGAUCAUCUACUGUACCACCACCCACCCACAGUUCUACUGGAAAUGUCAGCACAUCAAGCCAGAACCUUCAGGCUGCAUCAGACUUUGGUACCUUUGUAUCGAACAAUGAGGAAGCAGCUAAAGAUCCAUUUGAUCUUUCUUCAACUGUCAAUGUCGGAAAAACACCUUUGGCAGCUCCCAAGACAGAUGCAUCUGAUUUUGGUGCCUUUGUAUCUAGCACUGAGGAAUCAGCGAAGGACCCUUUUGAUCUUUCUUCGAGUAGCAACAUUGGAAAGACAGACCAAACACCUUUGGCAGCUCCCAAGCCUAGCGCAAAGAAAGAAAAUUUUCAGGUGAAGUCUGGCAUAUGGGCAGACUCCUUGAGCCGAGGAUUGAUUGAUCUGAACAUAAGUGCACCAAAGAAGGUGAACCUAGCUGACAUUGGAAUCGUCGGUGGGCUCGGUGAUGGGUCUGAUGAGAAGGCCAUGCCCUCUUGGACCAUGGGCACGGCAUCUGGCCUAGGAAUGUCUGGUAUCCCAUCUACUCAAGGUGGAGGCAUCGAGAGCUUAGCAAACUACAACAAGCACCAGUUCGGCUUCAAAUGAGCCUUGAGAAAUACCUGGGAGAUCCGAUUAUCCGCUGUUUCCUCUGCUGGCCUGCCCCUUCUAUAUAUGCCUAUUGAUUUAAUUUCCUUCUGUUCGUUCUUUGGUGAUUUCGCCACUAUACAUUUUGUGCCAACCAAUCUUGCCCUGUAUUGUCACUCUUGCAUGGUAUUUAUCAGGUUUGUGGGGCAUGAUAUUUAUUGCGUUUGUGGGUAAGCAUACAACUCCCCAUUCUGACCCCGUUUCAGUUGGGAUGAUACGUCCGGUUGCUAUGCAGCAUGUGUAAAUCCUGUGGCUUCCCUCUGCAGUCUGUCUGUCUGUGUAAUUACAGUACCAUCUUGCAAUGCUUGAGAUUUUGUUUCAGUAAUAAGGAGAAUCUGUGCCCUUGGUGAUGUUGA